AUGAUGGCAUCUAUCCUGAUUGUUUUGGCUCUGACAGCUGCAGUCUGCGAUGGCAUCGUCCCUGACAUCGUAGACUCAGGGAUCAAUCACAUCGUGGAAGGACCAUCUGAGCUGGACCACAUCUUUGUGGAGCGGCUGCCAGAAGAUCCGCAGCAAAAGGAUGCGCUUCCCCAAGUAGGCAGCUAAAAGUCUCACUCUGAGCUUCCUGUGAGUCGUCAGAAUGAAACUGUGUCUGACAAGGUGACCGCUCGCUCAUCUCCAGACCAGAAAACGAACCGUACUUCAGCUGCCAGUGACCUGGAGAAUGACAUUGAUCAUGGAUGCAUCACUGAUGAUGACUGUGAGGAAGGACGAUACUGCCUUUCUGACACUCACAACUCCAAGUGUCAGCCGUGUAAAGAAACCGAUGUGUCUUGUACCAAAGAUGCUGAGUGCUGCAGUGAGCAGUUGUGUGUGUGGGGCCAGUGCAGCCAGAAUGCAACAAAGGGAGAGGCUGGCAGCACGUGCCAGCAGCAGACUGACUGCAGCCCUGACCUCUGCUGUGCUUUCCAUGAAGCCCUGUCCUCCCCCGUUUGUUUGGCCAAACCCAUGGAACGGGAGCGCUGCUUCAGUGACUCCAACCACCUGAUGGAGCUGCUGUCGUGGGACACACAGGAGCGGGGGCCCAGGAGACACUGUCCCUGUGCAGGAGACCUUCAGUGUCAGCACCUGGGGCGGGGGUCCAUGUGCCUGAAAGGAGAGGAGUCCAGUGAAGAGGACCUGACGGACUCCCUGUACUCAGAGAUAGACUACAUACUUUAAACUGCGUCAGGGUGUUUAAAAAUCAGAAACAUUGCACUUCUGCCUCCUACAUUUGAGAGCAUAAUGUUGUAUGAGAGCAUAAUGUUGUAUGAGAGCAUAAUGUUGUUUGAGAGCAUAAUGUUGUUUGAGAGCAUAAUGUUGUUUGAGAGCAUAAUGUUGUCACAGCAGUGUUAACGAGAUUCAGAUCGUCUGAACUCGGCUUCUUUUGCACUCAUC